UACCCCCCCCUCAGCCUCCUCCCGCCUGGCUGGCGCCGGAUCCGCGAGCAGCAGUGUCCACCUCACGUAGCUGGCCGAGGCGGUAUCCAGAUUCCGGGGGUCUCGCUCCUUGGCAUAGUGGUCGCUUAACUCCAGCGCCUUCCCAGUGCCUCCCAAACCUCUCCUCCUCCUGCCCGGGGCUGUUCUAGGAGGAGCCUAAAUGUCCGCUUCCCCAGCUGAAGGGGAUUGUGGUGCGUAAACAGGAUUAACUCCCUCGCCCCCAGCUGCGCGGAUCUGCGCGGCGGCCUGCGGGCCAGAGCGAGCCUUCGGCCACUCGGCCGCAGCCCGCGCUGUCCUCCGCCCCCCGGAGCCGCCGCGCCAGACCCUCGCCCAGACAUGGGGGACCUGCCGGGCCUCGUGCGCCUCUCCAUCGCGCUGCGCAUCCAGCCCAAUGACGGCCCGGUCUUUUACAAGGUGGACGGGCAGCGCUUCGGCCAGAACCGCACCAUCAAGCUGCUCACCGGCUCCUCCUACAAGGUUGAGGUGAAGAUUAAGCCCAGCACGCUGCAGGUCGAGAAUAUUUCCAUUGGCGGUGUGCUUGUCCCACUGGAACUGAAGUCUAAAGAGCCUGAUGGGGACAGAGUUGUUUAUACGGGUACAUAUGACACAGAAGGUGUGACGCCAACGAAGAGUGGAGAACGGCAACCCAUCCAGAUCACCAUGCCGUUCACAGACAUUGGGACCUUCGAGACAGUGUGGCAAGUCAAGUUCUACAAUUACCACAAGCGGGAUCACUGCCAGUGGGGAAGCCCCUUCUCUGUCAUUGAGUAUGAAUGCAAGCCCAACGAGACACGCAGUCUGAUGUGGGUGAACAAGGAGUCCUUCCUCUGAAAGUGGCUCUUUCUGAUGCUACUGGACAAUCUUUUCAGAAAUCUACUUUUAGAUAAACCAGUGCAGGCCUUAAACAAGGCAUGCCACACCAUUGCUGUUCCCCAUCUGGUACUAAUGACCUACUAGCCCUGGUUAUUUUGAAAGUGUAAUUCCCCUCUGACACAAUAUCCCUCACAUACAAGAUGGUGAUGUACCACUCCCUAGAAUAUUCCCAUCUGUAUUUUGUGCUGAUAUUCCUGCAUCCAGUUGUUCUCGGUCAUACUUUUGACCACUCGUGACUGGAGUUCAGUGGCCCUGGCAGGCUUGUCCUGCUCUUGACCAUUCCACUGACUAACUUUGGUGUUUUGUUUCCAAAGUAAGUGAUUCCUCCUUUUUUUUUGUUCAAUGUUAAAUUUUAAAAUAACAAUGUGUAUGGGUCCUCCCAUGUGUAAUAUGGUAACAUGUAACUUGCAGUGUCUGCCAGCUUUCAAAGCAGGCUUUGUGAAAAUGUAAUAUAAACAGCAGUGAAUGGGACUCAAAUGUUGUGCUUCCUGUAAACAGCUCCGCUCUUUCAGGGAAGGAUGGUAACAAACUAGAAGGACAAAUACGUACGUAUUUAUAACGUAUUAAAACUCUUUUAAGUAGAUUAAGGUAUUGUGCAAUGGCCUAGCCUAGUAGAAAUGGGGGAAAAGCAUUGCUGUGGACCAUUGUUAAAGUGACAGGAGUUGUAGGGUUACCCCUUUGACAAGCUUCCAUAGUCUUCAGACACGCACAUUGAUGGCAUCCCUACAGUCUUCUUCACUUGAACUUUGUAAAACUGCAUAUGGACCUGUAAUCAACUUUUGAUAUUUCUUAAUAAAGGCGUUGAAAAUCA